AAGGUCACACUGUUCCCGGAUUGUUUUUGUUGCUGCGAUCUAUAAAGUACUGGAUAUUUCCAUAUUUUGCUCAUUUUUUGUUGUUCCCGCAAGCGAAUUUGUCGAGUUUGCAGCUUUCCAAAUCAAUUCCCCAUCGGUUUGUGAACAACAUUGACAACGACGCAGUUGUGAUUAGGCAAUGUUAUUGCUUUUGUGACCCAUCGAGGAACAAUAACAAUCAGCCAAAAUGCAGCGCCUGCACUUUGCACUGCAACUGGCAGUUCUGGUCGCCCUGGGAUUCGCACAGGUGUCCACCGAGGAGGUCAACAUUGUCCACUAUCAGCCGGAGCAAGUGCAUCUGGCCUUUGGAGAACGCACCGAUAGCGAGAUAGUCGUCACUUGGUCCACGCGCAGCCUGCCGCCGGAUUCGGAAGUUAGUGCGGCCAGCGUGGUGGAGUACGGUCAGCUUGUGGCCGGACAGGCCAGACUCACCCAACACGCCAGUGGCACGGCCACCAAGUUCGUGGACGGCGGCCGCAAACAGGCCACGCAGUUCAUCCACAGGGUGACGCUUAGCAAUCUGGAGCCGAACGCCACGUAUGCCUACCAUUGCGGCAGUGCCUUUGGCUGGUCGGCGAUCUUCCAGUUUCGCACAGUGCCCUCCGCCUCGGUCGACUGGUCUCCGUCGCUGGCCAUCUACGGGGAUAUGGGCAACGAGAAUGCCCAGUCCCUGGCCCGAUUGCAGGAGGAGACGCAACGCGGCAUGUACGAUGCCAUCAUCCAUGUGGGUGACUUCGCCUACGACAUGAACUCGAACAAUGCGCGCGUGGGGGAUGAGUUUAUGCGGCAGAUCGAGACGGUGGCCGCCUAUCUACCAUAUAUGGUGGUGCCCGGCAAUCAUGAGGAAAAGUUCAAUUUCUCGAACUAUCGCGCCCGCUUCAGCAUGCCAGGCGGCACGGAUAACUUGUUCUACAGCUUCGACCUGGGACCCGUUCACUUCGUGGGCAUCAGCACGGAGGUCUACUAUUUCCUCAACUAUGGCCUGAAGCCUCUGGUCUUUCAGUUCGAAUGGCUGCGCGAGGAUCUGGCCAAGGCCAAUCUGCCAGAGAAUCGGAGCAAGCGUCCGUGGAUCAUCAUCUACGGCCAUCGGCCCAUGUAUUGCAGCAACGAGAACGACAACGACUGCACCCACUCGGAGACGCUCACCCGGGUCGGUUGGCCCUUUGUCCACAUGUUCGGACUGGAGCCGCUGCUCUUCGAGUUCGGCGUGGACGUGGCCAUUUGGGCGCACGAGCACUCCUACGAGCGACUCUGGCCCAUUUACGACUACGAGGUGCGCAAUGGAACGCUGAAGGAAUCACCGUACGAGGAUCCACGUGCCCCUGUGCACAUUGUCACCGGAUCAGCCGGCUGCAAGGAGGGACGGGAGCCCUUCAAGGGCAAGAUACCCGAGUGGAGUGCGUUUCAUAGCCAGGAUUAUGGUUACACGCGGCUCAAGGCCCACAAUCGCACCCACCUGCACUUCGAACAGGUGUCGGACGAUCAGGAUGGAGCCAUCAUCGAUGACUUCUGGUUGGUGAAAUCCAAGCACGGCAGCUACCAAAAUUGAGGAUUCGCCCGUCCAAUCGAACUGAGACGAUCAUACCCGAACCAAUCCAAUCCAAGCUAGAGGAGUCUUCAGGCAUCACACGCAUCAAUAGCAACUGGCAGUAUUAGUAGCGCAAAUUCGUCUCAAUCUGAUUCGAUCACAAACUGUAGCAAUAAGCGUGGCAGCACAUUCCUUAUCCAAUUACAUAUAUCAGCCCCAGCCCGGAAAAAACUACACUUUUUACUUAGCCAAUUUUACAAUCUCAGCAUUUACACAUUAACCAUGCGCUUUUAAGUGCAUUUAUCUUGAAGUUGCAUACUUAGCUAGUCUACCUUGAGUUUAUACUUGGUCUCUUAUCUGCUUUGUAUGCAACUUUGAGUUUUACAACUGGUACUCGGGUUCAAUAUAUGUCUAGAUAUGUUGUCAAUAUCAUCAGCCACUUGAGCAGUUUUAUGGCUUUUAAAAACAAACCUAGCCAUUUGGUAUAUUUACCUGGUUUUAUUGCCAAAAAACAAGAAGUGUCUCACUUCUAAAAGUGAAAACACAAAUAUUUCACCAUCAUUACUCUCAGAAAGUUAUAAAUACACAUAAAAGUACAAUUUUAACUACUUGUCGACUUCUGACUUAGCCAUUUUAUAAUUCGAUAUUUAAGCUCAGGUAUAUCACCGGUUAGGAUAAUUUUUUAAUUUUUUCUUUUAAAUAACUUAUGUUAUGCUCGUAUAACAUAAAAUUUUUAUUAUUUGGUUCUUAGGAAUAUUUUCUGUGUAUUAAAAUAUGGCUUUUCCACCACGAGUGAGUCCAUUCCCAAAAACUACAUUAAAUCCAAGUACCGGGUGUAUUAAUAGUCCAGGCAAUUCGACUAUUUACUAAUUGUUGAUUAUAUACUUAGUAUCUUCACAAUAAAUGGCUUGAACUAUCAAA